AUGUACAUAAGUAAUAUAUGUGCUAGGCCAAGUAAUGCAGUCCCAGGUUUAUUUCCUGCCAUUCUAAACCUAGCUAGUAAUGCUCAUAUCAGCACUAAUGCUACAUGUGGUGAAAAAGGCCCCGAAAUGUUUUGUAAACUUGUGGAACACGUUCCAGGUCGACCCCUACGCAAUGCACAAUGUCGAAUGUGUGAUUACAAUAGUGCAAAUUCCAAAGAGCAACAUCCUAUCUCAAAUGCUAUAGAUGGUACUAAUCACUGGUGGCAAAGUCCUAGCAUUCAGAAUGGAAGAGAAUACCAUUGGGUAACAAUUACUCUAGACCUAAGACAGAUCUUUCAAGUUGCUUACAUCAUCAUAAAAGCUGCUAAUGCUCCAAGGCCCGGAAACUGGAUUUUGGAACGUUCUGUGAAUGGUAUUGAAUUCAGCCCCUGGCAAUACUAUGCAAUUAGCGAUACCGAGUGUCUAACCAGAUACAACGUGACACCAAGACUUGGUCCUCCUACAUAUAAGAAAGACAAUGAAGUGAUAUGCACUUCCUAUUAUUCUAAACUUGUUCCACUUGAGCACGGAGAGAUACACACAUCACUGAUUAAUGGGAGACCUAGUGCUGAUGACCCUUCGCCAGCAUUACUGGAAUUUACCUCUGCAAGAUAUAUCCGUCUCCGAUUGCAGCGGAUAAGAACUCUUAAUGCUGAUCUCAUGACCCUUAGUCACCAUGAUCCUAAAGAUGUUGAUCCUAUUGUUACAAGAAGGUAUUACUAUUCAAUAAAAGACAUCUCUAUUGGAGGCAUGUGCAUUUGUUAUGGGCAUGCUCGAAGUUGUCCUUUGGAUAAACACACAGAGAAACUACAAUGCCAGUGUGAACACAAUACUUGUGGUGAAAAUUGUAAUGAAUGUUGUCCUGGCUACCAUCAGGCACCAUGGAGACCUGGAACUAUUUCUGCUGGCAACAAAUGUGAAAGAUGCAACUGUCACAACAAAACAGAAGAUUGUUAUUAUGACCAGAGAGUAGCAGAUGAAAAAAAAAGUAUAAACAUAUUUGGUCAAUUCAGAGGAGGUGGAGUAUGCAUAAAUUGUACACAACACACCACUGGAAUAAACUGUGAUGUGUGUAGUAAUGGCUACUACAGACCACAAAAAGUGUCUCCUUAUGACAACAAUCCUUGCCGUCCAUGUGAAUGUGAUUUAUUUGGGUCCUUUGGUUUUGACUGUGUUAAGGAUAAUAAUCAUGCCGACCCCGCAAAAGAUAUUCAGCCUGGUCAAUGUCAUUGCAAGGAAGGGUAUGCUGAAAAAAAAUGUGACCAUUGUGCUUUUGGCUACAAAGGUUACCCAAAUUGCAUACGCUGUAAUUGUAGCCUCGUUGGCAGCAUCAAUGAUGAUCCAUGUAGUGAACCUUGCCUUUGCAAAGAAAACGUAGAAGGAGAAAAUUGUGACCGUUGCAAAUCUGGAUUCUAUAAUCUUCAAGAAAGAAACCCACAGGGUUGCACUGAAUGCUUCUGUUUUGGUGUUUCUGAUGUGUGUGAAAGUCUUCCAUGGUCCACUACUAAGGUGUCUUCUAUGAUUGGGUGGGAGGUGACAACUCUAUAUUCUUCAAAAACUAUACAACCUCAAGAAGAUCACUUUGAUAAAUCUCAUCAAAUAAGUAUUAACGACACUGAGGUUGCAAAAGUACUAAAACCUCCUUAUUACUGGUCUGCACCUAAAUCAUACCUUGGAAAUAAACUCACUGCCUUUGGUGGCUAUUUAAAGUAUACUGUGUCUUACGAUAUUCCCAUGGACAGUUCAGAUAGUGACUUGGUAUCUAGUGUCGAUGUUAUUAUCCAGGGCAAUGGAUAUAUUCUUUCUACAAGAUCUGAAGGGCUGUCUUUGCAACCAUAUGAGGAAUAUUCCAGUACAGUGCAUCUUAUAUCUGAAAACUUUGUUGAUUUUAAUACAAAGAAGUCAAUAGAUCGAGACACACUGAUGACAGUUUUAGUUAAUGUUUCCCGUAUUCUACUUAGGGCCAGUUACAACACUGCAGAAAAAUCUGUAUAUAGGUUGGACUCUGUGACUUUGGAUACAGCAAAUGCUAAUCUUAUAGAUCUGUCUUCAGCUGUACAUGUAGAAUAUUGUGAAUGUCCACAGGGUUAUUCUGGAAUAUCUUGUGAAUCCUGUGUUCCUGGGUACUAUCGAGUGGAUGCAAUACUUUUUGGAGGGAUUUGCCUGCCGUGUGAAUGCAAUGGUCAUGCAACGGAAUGUGAUAGUCAUGGUGUUUGUAUUGCAUGUGAGCAUAAUACCACAGGGCAAUCUUGUGAGCAGUGUUUGCCAGGAUUCUACGGAAUGCCUUCGAGGGGAACCACAGAGGAUUGCCAACCAUGUGCCUGUCCACUGAGAAGUGCUACUAACAAUUUCAGUCCUACUUGUCAUUUGGAUAACAGAGAUGAAGUUGUCUGUGAUAAAUGUGCUCCAGGAUAUGCAGGAGUCAGAUGUGAAAGAUGUGCAAAUGGAUAUUAUGGCAAUCCUUUAGUGGCAGGAAAACCAUGUAUUCCUUGUGAUUGCAAUGGAAAUGUAAACCCAUUGGAAGAUGGCCAUUGUCAUUCAGUUACAGGGGAAUGUUUGAAAUGCAUUGGAAAUACUGUGGGACAUCACUGUGAAAGGUGUGCUGAUGGCUAUUAUGGGGAUGCAGUGACCAACAAACAUUGUUAUGUUUGUGAAUGUGACAUAAACGGCUCGGUUUCCAGCGUCUGUCAUCAUGAAACUGGCCUCUGCCAAUGCAAAGCCAAUGUAGUCGGAAAGAGAUGUGAUAAAUGCUUGUUUGGUUAUUAUGGCCUCAGUACUACAGCUAGUUGCCUUCCCUGCCUUUGCAGUAAAAUUGGCUCAGCUACAGAAGAUUGUAAUGAAGAAGGACAGUGUCGUUGUGCACUAGGAGUGGCUGGAGACAAGUGUGGACAUUGUGCUCCAGGGUUUUAUGCAUUUCAGGAUGGUGGUUGCAAACCUUGUGAUUGUGCUCAUACUCACAAUACAUGUGAUAAAGAUUCGGGACAAUGCAUUUGUGCUCCUCAUACAACUGGAGAAAAAUGUGAACUUUGUGAAGAAAAUUACUGGGGUCAUGAUAUAGAAAAGGGAUGCAAGGCUUGCAAUUGUAGUCAUUUAGGUUCCCUCAGUCUCCAGUGUGACCAGCUGACUUCUCAGUGCCAGUGUAAGCAAGGAUACGGAGGGGACAGGUGUGCCCUCUGUGCUUUGGGUUACAGGGACUAUCCUGAUUGUAUUCCUUGUGACUGUGAUGCGCGUGGGAGUAAAGCCGAGAUGUGCAAUCAAGGAAUGUGCAGCUGUGAAGAGGAAACUGGUGUGUGUGUUUGCAAGGAUAAUGUCUUUGGAUUACACUGCAAUGAAUGCAAAAGUGGGACCUUUGCUCUACAUGCUAUUAAUCCUUUGGGAUGCAUCCCUUGCUUCUGUUCUGGGAUGACAGAAUUCUGUGCAGAAGUAGAAGGUUAUGUGCGAAUUCCGAUAACACUGACUCUAGAACAGGAACUAUUACACGUGGUUUCUCUCAGUAACUUUACUGGAACAAGCGAAGGUGUAUUUUCCCAAUUUCCAGACAUAGUAAUGGAUGCAGCAACAGUCCGCCAACACUUGAAUGCAGAACCCUUUUACUGGAAAUUACCAGAUCAAUUCCAGGGAAAUCAGCUCAUGUCAUAUGGUGGGAAAUUGAAAUAUUCAGUAGCUUUUUUUGCUCUGGAUGAUCUUGGAACUGCAAAUCUUGAACCACAAGUUCUGAUUAAGGGAGGUCGCCCAAGGAAACAGGUCAUCUACAUGGAUGUUCCUGCUCCAGAAAAUGGAUUAAGGCAAGAUGAAGAGAUACUAAUGAUGGAGAACACCUGGAAAUACUUUAAUGCUGUUUCAGAUGAAUCUGUUUCACAUUCUGACUUCAUGUCAGUUCUGAGCCAUAUUGAAUAUAUUCUUAUCAAGGCUUCAUAUGGUCAAGGAUUGCAACAAAGCAGAAUCUCAAAUGUCUCCAUGGAUAUUGCAGUGAAAGCUGAUUACAUGCCUUUGGCCAAGGAACCAGCUCACCACAUUGAAAAAUGCCUGUGCCCUGGAGGUUAUGCAGGAUUCUCCUGCCAGGAUUGUGCACCCGGAUACUAUAGGGAGAGGCAUGGAAACGCACACCUAAAAGUGUUACCCUCAGUAGUUUCAUUAUGUGUGCCCUGCCAGUGCAACAAUCACAGCAGUGCUUGUGAUUCAGAAACAGGGAAGUGUUUGGAUUGCAGAGAAAAUACAGUUGGUGAUCACUGCAAUAUUUGUGCCCCUGGUUAUUACGGCAAAGUUAAAGGAUCCAUCAAUGAUUGUUCACCAUGUGCAUGUCCAAGAACGAACCCUGAAAGAUGUUCUCCAGGUUACUAUGGACAACCUAGAGUACCAGGUGGCAAAUGUCAGCAAUGUCAGUGCAAUCAAAAUGGUUCUCUCCAUCACCACUGUGAUCAUAUUUCUGGGCAGUGUGUUUGUAAGCAAGGUGUAACAGGACAGUUGUGUGAUCAGUGUGAUUCAAGGCACAUUCUUGUGGAGAAUGAAUGUGUUUCUUGUGAUGAUGACUGUACAGGGCAGUUGUUGAAUGAUCUGGAUAAUUUUGACAAAGCUAUGCAUUUGGUAAACUUAAAUGGUGCUAUCUUGGCACCUUAUGGAGCACUUUCAGACUUGGAAAAUGCCACAAAACAUUUAAAGGACGCUUUGGGAGUUGAAGAAAGUCCAAACUCUUUAAUGAAAAUCAUGAAUGGCAAUCUUGAUACAAUAUCAAAUGUUUCAGAUCAGUUCUACAACAAGUUAACAAGAAUAUUAGAAAGAGAAGAAAAUCUCAACAAUGCUACAGAAGGUACCUUGAACAAGAGUAAAGAAUUGGCUAAAUUUAUCAACACAUUGCAGGCAUCUAUGAAAGUGCUUGUGGAAAUGGCAGCUACUCUUAACACAACAGGAGAUAGUGAUUUCCCACAAUCAAAUAAAACACUUCAGAAAUUGCAAGAUGAUAUUCCCAUGAUGUUGGACAUAAUGCGUAGAAGGUAUUUCCAGCAACUGCGUCAAGAUAGUAUACAUGAAUUAAAAAGUGCAGAAAAGUUGCUGACACGAAUCCAGAGAGAAUAUUGGAGACCACAGCAAAAAAUUAAGGACAUUCAAAAAGCAGCAAAACGUGCCUUAUCUGACCAUAGCUCCAAACAUCAAGAAGCCCAAGAUGUUGUGAACGUAGCAAACAGUAACACUGAAGAGGCUAGACGUCUGCUUGUUCCUAUUAAUAACAACCUCAAUGAGUUCAAUAAUAAAAAGCUGAAUGUUAAAGAAGAUGAGGCUCUUUCUGUUAUGCUGAUAAAAGAAGGAAAAAUCCAAACAACUGCUGCUACCGCCUUUGCAAGGGAUAUAUUUAAUUCUACAUCUGAUCUAGAAAUCCAUCAGGAUGAAUUGAUGUUAUGGAGUAGUAAAUUAAGACAACAUGUGGAUGACCUGGUUAUGCAGAUGUCUACUCGAGGCGCUCUUGAACUGGUCUAUAAGACAGAAGACCAUGUUGCUGAGUUAGAAAAAAAUGUUCAUGCAUUAGACAGUGGCCUUUUGAAUGUUAGAAAUGUGACUGUGAAUGUGACAAAUUCUGUCCAUGUGUACUCUACCGUAAAAAAUCUAGUUGAAAGUGCAGAGAACCUGGCAAGUGAUGUCACUAAGAUUGUCUAUGAACCAAUACAUGUGAAAAGAGAGCCCUUUAACAUUACUGGGAAAAAUGUCCUUCACCUUGGCUCCACUGUCUUAACUGAUGCAAAACAUCUUGACAAGAAGUAUGAUGGACUCAGGUCAGGGUUAAAUGAAAUUAACAUAAAAGUGGAAAGACUUAAAGCGAAAGCCAGUGGAAUUGCAAAAAGGUUUAAUGAUUCCCUACUUCAGCUGACUGCAUUGCCCAGAGGUACUAAUGAAAAUAUUUUGGCAAUAAAAAGGCUGGCUCUUUCUGCUAAUUUGACUGUCCUUAAUGGUAUAAGCCAUACUGACGGUUAUAGUGAGAAGCUGUGGAAUUCCUCAUCUGCAUUGUCUAAAGUUAAUGAUACAUUGCAGAAAACAAAUGAACUUAUAAUUGACUCAACAAAUGCUGCAGCAUCAGCUGAAAAAAAAGUGAAUGAAGUUGAAAUCCAGGCUGGUCUGUUAUAUGGAAGAUUGAAACCUUUAAAAAUACUGGAGGAGAAUUUAAGCAGAAACAUCUCUGAAAUUAAAGAGCUCAUAAACCAGGCUCGCAAACAGGCAGCUUCUAUUAAAGUUGCAGUAUCUGUAGAAAAAGACUGUAUUCGGGCCUACCAACCCCAGAUAUUAUCUACUAACUACAAUACAUUAACAUUAAAUGUUAAAACAAUGGAACCUGACAAUCUUUUAUUCUAUCUGGGUAGCAAUGGUAAAACUGAUUUCAUGGCAGUGGAGAUGAGACGUGGCAAGGUGGCCUUCUUGUGGGAUUUGGGCUCUGGAUCAACAAGACUGGAAUACCCUGACUUAUCUAUUAAUAACAACAAGUGGCAUAGAAUACAUGCUACAAGGUUUGCGAAAACUGGCACUCUGAGUGUAGAGGAGACUAGUUCUCCUCAGAAGCCCAUCAGAAGUGCCACCUCCCCUGGAACAGCCACUGUACUAGAUGUAAAUCUGUCAACUCUAAUGUUCAUUGGUGGACUUGGAGGACAAAUCAAGAAGUCACCAUCAAUUAAAGUAACACAUUUUAAAGGGUGCAUUGGGGAGACAUUCCUGAAUGGCAGACCAGUGGGGCUUUGGAAUUUUAUGGAAAGAGAAGGCAAGUGCACAGGAUGCUUUGGAAGCCCACAAUAUGAAGAUCCUUCAUUUCAUUUUGAUGGCAGUGGAUAUUCAGUGGUGGAGAAAUCACUUCGUCCCACUGUGACCCAGAUAAUUCUAUUUUUCAACACUUUUUCAACUAACGGACUCUUAGUAUACCUGGCUUCCAAUGGCACAAAGGACUUCUUGUCUCUGGAGCUUGUUGAUGGCAGAAUUAAAGUAACUGUUGAUCUUGGUUCAGGCCCCCUUACACUUAAAACAGAAAACCGCUACAAUAAUGGAACAUGGUAUAAACUUUCAUUCAGACGAAACAAAAAAGAAGGGAUUUUGGCAGUCAUGGAUGCUUAUAGCCUCAAUUCUAAAGAAAUCAAGCAAGGAGAAUCCCCUGGUGUAGCCUCUGACUUGAAUCGUUCUGAUCAAGACCCAAUUUACAUUGGAGGAUUACCAAGGUCAAGGACAGUAAGGAAAGGGGUUCAUAGCAGAACAUUUGUGGGAUGCAUGAAGAACUUGGAAAUAUCCCGAUCUACUUUUGACUUGCUUAAAAAUUCAUAUGGUGUGAGAAAAGGCUGCAUCCUAGAGCCUAUACGCAGCGCUAAUAUCUUACAUAAUGGUUACAUUGAGUUGCCACCCAAACACCUUUUGGUGGAAUCUGAACUUAUGGCUACUUUUGCUACAAAGAACUCCAGUGGAAUCAUUCUUGUGGGGCUUAGCAAAGGUGAAGCAAAACGAAGACGCAGGCAAGUCCAUCUUCCCUUUUUCUCCAUCAUGCUAGUGAAUGGUCACUUGGCUGUGCAGGUCCUUGCUGGUGACCGAGCAAGUGCAAAAAGGGUCAUGGUCAAGUCUAAUAAUGGAACUUACAGUGAUGGAAAAGAGCAUUCUGUUAUCCUUACUCGGAAUAAGAGAAUAAUAAGUGUGCAAGUGGAUGAAAGUAAACCUGAAGAAAUUAGACUUGGACUCAUGGCAGAAAGCAGACCAAUUAAUAUAUCAAAGCUCUUCAUUGGUGGAAUUCCUGCUGAAGAAAGCAUUUCAGGAUUAAUGAUGAUGGAUUCUUUCUAUGGUUGUAUAGCUAAUGUGAUAUUUAAUACCGAAUUUCUGGAUUUCACCACUGCAGUAAGGUAUGAAGGUGUUGAUAUGGACAGCUGCUUUCCUUCAGAGAAAUCUAAGCCUGUUAUUCAACCAGAAGACUUUGAAAUCCGAUCUGAAAUACAGAUGCUGCCAAGUUCUCUAAAGUCUUUUUCACAAGCUAAGGAAAAACAGUGUUCAGAAAAUGGAGAGCUGAAGUAUGUUUCCAAUGCCCAUCAGUUUGGCGUUACCAGAAACAGCCAUUUAAUGCUACUUUUCAAUCAGUCUACAGUAAGAAAAAAGUUUUCUGUUCAAUUAAGAGUCAGGACCCUUGCUUCUAGUGGCCUAAUAUACUACACAGCUCAUCAGAAGCAAGUUGAUUAUGCAGCCCUUCAACUACAAGAAGGAAAGCUUCGUUUUUCAUUUGAUCUUGGAAAAGGACAGUCGGUAGUUUCUCAUGGAGCAAUGAUCAGCGAUGGAAAAUGGCAUAGGGUGGAAACAGAUUAUGCUAAGAGGAAAGGUGUAAUCAUAGUUGAUGGGCAGGCUACUGAAGCGGUCAAUGUUUCAGGUGACGGAAACACCUUGGAUGUGGAUGGGAAAUUGUACUUGGGGGGUCUACCCUUAGGUUACCUUACAAAGAACCUUAGAAAUGUUACUCACAGCAUUCCUGCAUGCAUUAGUGAAGUAACCAUUAAUAGCAAGCAGUUAGAUAGUCUGGUCUCAACUUUUGCUGUGAAUAAGUGUUAUGCUACAAUCCAGAAAGGAACUUACUUUGAUGGAAGUGGUUUUGCUGCUCUUGUUAGGGAAGGCUAUAAAGUCAGAUCUGAAAUUAACAUUACAUUUGAAUUCCGUACAAAUGUUGUGAAUGGAGUACUUCUUGGAAUCAGUAGUGCUAAAAUAGAUGCCAUUGGACUGGAGAUUGUAAAUGGAAAGAUUUUAUUCAAUGUCAAUAAUGGAGCUGGCAGAAUAAGGGCUUCCUAUGAACCAAAAGGAAUGACUAAUCUGUUUGAUGGACAGUGGCAUAAAGUGCAGGCUAUGAAAAACAAGCAUCAUAUUGCUCUAAUAGUCGAUGGAAAUAUGGUUCAGACUGAUAAUCCACAUGUUCAUUCAACCUCUGCAGAUACAAAUAACCCCAUUUAUAUUGGAGGGUAUCCUGCUGACAUAAAACAAAAUUGCUUGACCACUAAGAAUUCCUUCCAAGGAUGUUUGAGAAACUUUAUGCUGAUUAAAGCCCAGCAAGCAGAUUUCUUGGACUUCAGCGAAGCCUUUGACCUGAGUGGAGUUUUUCCACAUUCCUGCCCUGCAGCCUGACUACUAAAUGGGAGGAAAAAUGUUCCAUUUUAAGAGGCUUUGUCUAUCAACUCUUAUUGAAAAAGAAAUGCUUUUAAUGAUAAUACUGAUUUAAGCUAUUUCCCUCUUACUUUUCCAGCUCAAGAAAAAUAUAUUUUUAGCUAGAAUAUCUA